UAUCCACUUGUUUGCACUACUUUAAGCUGCUAGGAUCCAGAGCUGUUUUAAAUGUCCCUCUCUUAGCUGAAGGAUUAACUGUUAACCUACCAUUACGGUUAUGAUGCCUGAAUCUCUAACAGACCAAAGGGCACGGGGCCAGUCACUCGCUGCGAGACACAAAUGAAAAGAACAGCUGAAGUUGUAGUGAGGUCUCCUUUUAGCUGUCAAAGUAGAAAUUAACUUUCUUGCCAGAUGGCAACCACAGAGCUCUACACAAAGGGGGCAUGUGUGUGGGUCCCAGACCCAGAAGCUGUGUGGGUGUCUGCCCAGCUGCUUCAAGACUACCGUCCCGGAGACCAGCACAUACGAAUCCGACUCACUGAUGGCAGAGAGAUAGAGUAUCCAGUGUUGCCUCCAGAGGGUCUUCCUCCUCUAGGUAACCCCGAUAUUUUGGAGGGAGAGAAUGACCUCACAGCUCUAACCUUCCUCCAUGAGCCAGCAGUACUUCAUAACUUGCGUGUGCGCUUUCUCGACUACAGUAGCAUUUACACUUACUGCGGGAUUGUGUUGGUGGCGUUAAAUCCAUAUGAACAGCUGCCCAUUUAUGGAGAGGAAGUGAUCGACGCUUACAGCGGCCAAAACAUGGCUGAUAUGGAGCCGCACAUUUUUUCUGUGGCUGAAGAGGCAUACCGAACUAUGAUCAGAGAGGAGAAAAACCAAUCGAUCAUAAUCAGUGGAGAAUCAGGCUCAGGUAAAACUGUAUCUGCUAAGUUCACCAUGCGUUACUUUGCUGUCGUGGGUGGUGCGGCCCAGCAGACCAGUGUGGAGGAGAAAGUGCUGGCAUCAAAUCCCAUCAUGGAGGCAAUUGGUAAUGCAAAAACAACCAGAAACGACAACAGCAGUCGUUUUGGAAAGUAUAUUGAGAUAGGAUUUGGACGUAGAGGGGACAUAAUUGGGGCAAACAUGAGGACCUACUUGUUGGAGAAAUCAAGAGUUGUCUUUCAGGCAGCUCAAGAGAGAAACUACCACAUCUUCUACCAGCUUUGUGCUUCCAGGGAUUUGCCAGAGUUCAGGACACUUAAACUUGAUUCUACAGAGAACUUUCAUUACACCAACCAAGGACAAGAGGUGCACAUUUAUGGCACAGAUGAUGCGGUUGAGCUAGAGCGGACAAGAAAUGCAUUUACUAUUCUCGGAGUGCAACCUGACCAGCAGAUGGAGAUAUUUCGUAUACUGGCAGCUAUUCUUCAUCUGGGGAAUAUCAACAUACAAGCCAGUGGCCGUGGAGGGGACCGCAGCUACAUUGAUGUCAACGACCGUUCCUUGGCCAUCUUUUCCAAGCUUUUAGGGGUGGAAGGUGCUCAGAUGGCUCAGUGGCUAUGCCACAGGCGACUGGCAGUGGGUGGGGAAAUGCUUGUGAAGCCCAUUACAGGUCAGCAGGCUAAUGAAGCAAGGGAUGCUCUGGCUAAGCAUGUGUAUGAGCAACUGUUCACUUGGACAGUGCAGAGGCUCAACUCAUCCUUAAGAGCGCACCGGGAACAGCCCAAAUCUUUCAUAGGAGUUCUUGAUAUCUAUGGGUUUGAGACUUUUGACAGGAAUAGUUUUGAGCAAUUCUGUAUUAACUACGCAAAUGAGAAACUCCAACAGCAGUUCAACAGGCACGUGUUUCAGCUGGAGCAGGAGGAGUAUCUGCGAGAGGAACUUCCCUGGAACCGUAUUGAGUUCAGCGAUAACCAGCCAUGCAUUUUGCUCAUUGAAGGCCAGCUGGGCCUACUUGAUCUUCUGGACGAAGAAUGUAGAAUGCCUAAAGGCUCAGAUGAGAACUGGGCUCGGAAGCUAUACGACAAGCACCUGAACCACAGCCCUCACUUUCGUAAACCACGCAUGUCCAACUCUGCCUUCAUCAUUGUGCAUUUUGCUGAUAUGGUCCAGUACGAGUGUGACGGCUUUUUAGACAAGAACCGAGACACUGUAUUUGAGGAGCCUAUCAAUAUACUGAGAGCUAGUCAGUCAGAACUAGUUGCCGAGUUGUUUCAGAAGGAGUCAGCAGGUGGAUCCCUCCCAAACUCCUCUCUUGCAAACGGAAGCAUACGUUCGGGGAAGAGAGCUCAACGAGAGCACAAAUUAACUGUGGGCUUUCAGUUUCGUCAAUCCCUGCAACUUUUAAUGGACACCUUGAACAGCACCACACCGCAUUAUGUCCGCUGCAUAAAGUCCAAUGACCUCAAAAAGCCAUUUCUAUUUGAUCCCAAGCGAGCAGUGCAGCAAUUGCGAGCAUGUGGAGUCUUAGAGACUAUCCGAAUCAGUGCCGCAGGCUACCCCUCCAGGUGGACAUACGAGGAAUUCUACACUCGUUAUCAGGUGCUGCUACGUGGUUCUGUUUCUAAAGAUGAUGUGCGCCGUUCCUGCCAGAGUGCCCUUCCUGAUCUCAUCCCUGAUCCAGAGCAGUACUGCUUUGGCAAGACCAAGGUCUUCUUCCGGGCGGGACAGGUUGCAGUACUGGAGAAGCUGAGAGGGGAUCGGCUGCAUGCAGCAGGAGUUUUGAUCCAAAGCUGGGUCAGAGGAUGGCUGCAGCAUAGGCAUUAUCAACGGCUCCGGUGGGCAACAUUCAUCCUGCAGCGGUACAUCAGAGGAACCCUGGCCCGAAGGUUGGCGUGGAGCCUCCGUUACACACGUGCCGCUUUAAUCAUCCAGAAAACAUACCGCAUGCUGGCUGUGCGACAGCUUUAUCUCACCAUCAGAGAGGCCACCAUCAAAAUCCAGGCCUUCAUCAGAGGCACUCAGGCUCGUCGGGUUUAUAGACAGAUGCUGACAGAGCGGGCGGUGGUGUGCCUGCAGGCGCGGGUGAGAGGCUGGCUGGCCCGGUGCAGUUUCAGACGCGUCAGAGCUGCAGUGGUGCUCAUGCAGUGCUGCGCGCGCAGGCGAGCGGCGCGGAAAGAGCUGUUGCGCCUGCGUGCUGAGGCUCGAUCCGUGGAGAAAUACAGAGAACUCAACAAAGGCAUGGAGGUCAAACUCAUGCAGCUGCAGCGCCGAGCCGACCAACAGGCGAGAGAGAGUGCGUCUCUGAGGGAGACUCUUCAGUCCGAGCGAGAAGCUCACAGCUGUGAGCUGGAACAGCUGCGGUCCAGCCUCCUCAAGCUCCAGAUCCAGCUGCAGGAGAACGCAGAGACUGCUCCUUCACUCACAGACAAACAGGAGGAGGACAGGAGGAGAGCUGAGGAGAAAGCCGCUCAAGAGAUCCUCCAGCUUACACAGGAAAUCCAAGCUCUCCGAGUUGAGAGAGGCUCUUUGGAGAAAGAGAGGGAUGAUCUGGCCAUUCGUUUACAAGAUCAGGAAAAAGCUCUGGAGGAGAAGCGUCAACAGACUGUGGAUCAUGCAGAUGCAUCAGUGCGAGCAGAGCUGGAAGAAGAGAGGAGGAGAUACCAGAGUUUACUGAGAGAGUUCACAAGACUGGAGCAAAGAUACGACAACCUGAGGGACAUGAGCGUAUUUACAUCCAAUGAGCGGUCACGUGGACACAGACGAACAGAUUCGGCUGUGUCUUUGGAGCCUCCUUCGCCCGUCACCACACCGUUCUCCAGCUCGCCCGUCUUCCCUUCACCCGAGGAGGUCCGGAGGAUCAGCGUGACAUCGCCCACCGACAGGAGACCCUGGAGAGAUGAGCAACCUCUGAACAUCCUGAUGGAGGACAUGGGCGUUGCGAAGGACACCGCUGACAGAAUGAAGGGGGAGGAUCUCCGAUACGCUUACGACGCUGUACGGGUGGCCAACAAGUUCCUAGAGAGGCAGCUGCUGUCUCAGAGAGCGCAGUGGGAGCAGGAGAUAUCAGAUCUCAGGAUCAAACUCCAGCAGGCUCAAGACAGGGAUACACCUGGAGACCCUGAGAUAAAUGACCUAACAGAGCUGGUGGUGGUUCGAGAGCAGGAAUGCGUCCGCUUGCGACGAGAACUCAAGGAACUGAAACACACCGUGAGCCUCAGGAGAAUCCUGUCUUAUGCAGGUGUGGCCGUAGCUGCGUCCCAGGACCCCCCUCAGAAGAGCCAGAUGCUCACAGGACUGCUGGAGUGCAGGAAGAAAGAUGAGAGCAAGCUGAUCAAACACCUCAUAACAGACGUGAGGGCGGAAGGUGUCUUGUCUUUGCCCCCUGGACUGGUGGCUCGGGUUCUGUUUCUGUGUGUACGGCAGGCGGACUGCAGCGGCGAUCAGACGCGGGUGAAGGGGUUCCUCAGCGCAGCUGUGAGCGCCAUUAAAACAGCCCUGAAGAAACACGGCAGUGAUCUGGACGUGACGGCUGUGUGGCUGAAGAACGCUUACCUGCUCAAAGACCUGCUCCAGCAGCACUCACAGGACGUGAGGGGCUCAGAGGAGCUGGUUCCUCUGGUGACGGACGUGCAGGACUCUGUCCGGGCGCUCAGUGAUCUGUGUAUUCAGGCCUAUCAGCAGCUGCUGUCCAUCUCCGAGAGUCGCCUGCAACCCAUCAUCGUCCCAGCGAUGCUUGAAAGUGAGACCAUCCCUGGUCUGGCUGGAUCCUCAGUGAAGCUGAGUGGCGGUCGUAAGCGUGCGGGAUCUGACCCCCGACCUCCAGGCAGUACGGAGGGAGCGACUAUGUCAGCGGUCCUGAGGGAGCUGUCGGCGCUGCACACAGCCCUGUCCCGUCAGGAUCUGCCCUCGGCCCUGCAGGAGCAGGCCUUCCAUCAGCUCAUGUACCUGCUGGCCGCCUCCACCCUCAACAGCCUGCUGCUGCGCAAGGACAUGUGCUGCUGGAACCGCGGCCUGCAGAUCCGGUAUAAUGUGAGUCUGCUGGAGGAGUGGCUGCGCAGUCGUUCGCUGCAGACAGGGGGCGCUGUGACCGCGCUGGAGCCGCUAAUACAGGCAGCACAGCUCCUUCAGAUGAGCAAGAAGACGGAAGCUGAUGGACAAGCCAUGGUCCAAGCCUGCAAUGAACUGUCCAACCAGCAGGUGGUGAAGAUUUUAAGCCUCUAUACACCUCAGAGUGACCUUGAGGAGCGAGUGACGCUCAAUUUCAUCCGGAUCGUACAGGGGCUGCUGAAGGGGCGUUCUGAGGGGCAACCUCCACAGCUCCUGAUGGACGUCAGACGCGUGUUCCCCGUCACCUUCCCUUAUCUGCCUCCACCGCCAGCCAGUGCCGCCCAGCUGGAGAUCCCAGAGUCCCUCAAGAUCUCCUUCCUGCGCAGAGUCUGAAUGCGGCUGUUCCUUUGCCUCCUGAAAUGCAUUGCCUUUGUUCCCUUACAACAUCACCUUAAAAUGUUCUCUGGGCACUUUGUGUAUGGCAUGCUAAUAUUAGGCACAUUUUAAAAGUAGAAUCAUGUUCCAAGAAUUUCUCUCUCUUUCAAGAACACCCAUUUGAAAUGGAAAGAUUUUUAACGUACAUGUCAAGCUAAAUAAAAUACCAUUCUGCCUUGAUGAACCUUCAGUAUAUAUAUAUAUAUAUUUUUUAAACAUAAUUUGUCAUUUAAAAAAAAAAUAUAUCUAUAUAUAAAAUAUAAACUGUAUUUAACAAACAACAACAACAAAAUCCAUUACACGUUGCAUUUUCUUUAACCAUUUAUUGGAAGUAGAAACAAACCAAGGCUGGCAUCCGUUUUACCUCCAUCCCCGAUAAGAACGAUCAUAUUUAGAAAAACGAAAAUUAGAAACAUCUUUGUAUAAAAAAAUCUCCCAUGCUAAUAAUAACUCUGUACCACUACACAUCAGUAAUACAUAUUUAUAUAUUCACAAGCCUUCCGAAAAUAGAAAAUAAUACCCAAAAUAAAUGACAAAUCAAGACAACAGUUGAAUAUCACAUCAAAGAUGCAUGCUGGCACAAAGAAGAAUCUUUCCCAACAUGCACUGCUUCUUAUUUACAGGCAAGGAGUCACUGUUUGGGUGCAUGUCCAGUUACUGGGAUCCGUGUGCACUUGUGUCUGCAUGUGCUUCGUCUUGUUUUACAUGCUCGCGACUGUAUCCUGUAAUAUUAUUAUUCACAGACAGCAACACACGGCUUUAAUAUCUGAAAUCCUACCGUCCAAAUUAAAGCAGAUUCUAUUUUCCACUCUGCAGUCAAUUCAACAUUCAUUAACGCCAUUUCCUGCGGCAGAACCCUAGUGUUCAAUAUCACAACACUCACCAUGAAAGGAUUCAGGCUGAAAAACAAAACGACAGGGAAGUUUGCAGCUGCGGUUCGCGCAGAGCGUUCACGACGUAAACAAUCCAAGGCUGUUGAUCACUUAUAACUCCUAGAACAGAUGCAUAGACUAUUUUCAGAGACAUAAUAGAGUGAAAUGGCUGUAGCGCAAGGUGCUUCAUUGCUAACUUUUUAACAAGCGACUCUAUCUAGAUAACUUCACCUCUGAUUUUUGCAAGUAGAUCCAUUGCACGGUUUAGCGUAGGGAAUGAAUGGAUAUAUAGUGUUUAACCCACAUUAUAACGCAUAUCUCUUGUGCUUUUCUGAUAUGAUGGAUGGUUUGGCAGUAAAAUGGCAGGAUUCAUCAGCGCUUACUAUGAAACUCUAUAGGAGCGAUUCUCGACGUCUGUGAUUCUUUUAAAGUGAGAAUCUAGUGAGUGGGGAAAAAGAGGCCCAUUUUGCGUGGAAUGGUCUGAAGCGGUAUGACAUAUAAACGUGAGGUUAUAAAGUGAAAUUUCACUGAAACAGGCAGCUCUGGUGUCUCUAACACAAGCAGUGUUUGUCAAUCUAUACAUCGUGGUUUAUAAACCGUAGUGCCUACUCAUGCCACUGACAAACACUGGGUGAACCGCACAGGCACUCGUACUCGGAUCGCAAAACACACAAAAGACAGGACAGAGGUGGCCCUGCGAUUGAAUCUAGAUGUGCGACGCAUCGAAGUAUCUUGUAUUUGUACAGUAAGUAGAAUUCGUUGGAUUUCCUGCGAGUGGCGCCCCCUUAAAAAUAAUGUCACACAUUUUCUUACUGCAUGAAAAAGCAACCACUCUGCUUUCAGAGGUGUGUUUGGUUGUAGGUCUGUUUUUUUUCGUCGUUUACUUGUGCUUCUAAACGAUUGCAUAACAUUAAAGUCUGACCCAUAAGGGGGUUUGGUCCCUAUUAAGGGCUGAACUGGACAAAGUGGACAAACGGGACCCUGACAUUAAGACACCCUUCGAAGGGUGCAGGAAUGAUUGA